AUGCCUAAUCCUUGCAAAGUUUGCGGCAAAGAAGACAGUAAAAAGUGUGGUCAAUGCCACAGAGUGUAUUAUUGCUCGGUUCAGUGCCAGAAAAAGGACUGGAAAAGCCACAAGGCAACGUGCAGCCCGAGGCAACCAGCAGAAACACAGAACCCUCUCCUUCGUGUCAGGGACAAACCCAUGCACGACAAAACUCAAGCCAAACCUGUCUUUGGCGAGCCGUUCACACUCGAAAAGUUUUUUCCUCACGUAGAGAAAAUCAAGGAGAACACUAAAAAAUGUGCACUUUCGUGGGUUGGCUUACGAAAAGCUGGGAAAAUGGACGUGGAUACCUCACUUGCAACCUGUUUUUGCUUCUUCACGAGCAAAGGAUGGGUUCGGGAGCACAUGAUGUGCAUGGAGGGGCCUCCGCCGUUGCAUAUUUUGCAGCAAAUUAUCGAUCAGUUUAAAGCUCACGCCUACAGCAUUUUUGUGGAGAUACGGUACAGAAAUCCUCGCUCGCUGGCUGUCAUGAAAGAAGGAGUAUUAUUACAGGUCAACGCCAGAGGUUACGACAAGAAGUUCUUCUUCGACCAGACCCGCAAAGGAAGAAGCGCGACUGGCGUGCUGUUGUCAGUGGACGACCCUGAAGAAUGCCACAUCUCGUUGUUUGAUAGUUCUGGCCUUACAUUUCACUGA